AAGAUACCCACAGAACUCAGAAGAAAGAAGACGGUCCUCAGAGAGAUACUUCAUAAAGACUUUAGUAACGUUCUGGUCGAGUAUUAGUACUGCACUUUUAAAAGUCUUUAUUAGUCUUGUUUUAGUUUCCUGUUCAUGUGCAUGUGCCCGGCCACAGUGCACAAUCAACCUGACCACUUGCAUUGUUGUCGCUAGCUAGCUCGUGUGUAGAUCUACGACGUGUUGCAGUCAGAGUUGCCCGGUUUACAUGGUUUAGCGGUGCAUUGAUUCACCAACCUUUGCAAAGGACUUAGGAGGUGGUUGACUACGUAUCCGUCCGAAAGAAAUCUCGGACUACUACUUGAAACGCGGCGCAUAGCAGGCGUAGGCCACCGUAGCCUUACUACUACUAGUUAGGGCCUAGGGACCGGACGUAGGGUAGAACUACAAGACAAAAAUAAUUACUUUCUAGAAAGGCAUUGUCCGCAGCGCACCAUUUUGCUGUAGUAAGUGGUUGCAGUGGUAGCUCAGCCUCAGGCUCAGGAUCACUGACGAACAAGCGUCUAUGUAGUAGCAACCGCUAAUGCGCCGGAAUUUACCAAUUGCGUAGCUUACCGCGUACCGGGUGAGUCGACUACUACUACUACUUGUAGCUGCUAUCGCCAUUACCAAGAUUAUUGGUAAGAACUGCCAGUGGAUCAACUGUAGCCGUUGACUGAGUGAAAGGCAGCCGAAAUAAUGGAGAGUGAUUUUCCCGUUGACAUACCGUUCGCACUGAUCAAGGAUCAUUUUAUCUGCUCAAUCUGUCUGGACACGAUCACUAACGCAACAAUCACGCCAUGUGGCCAUCGCUACUGCAAAACAUGCAUAGAGGAGGUUGUGGAUCGGGGAUCCCGAUGCCCGCUAUGCAAUCAACACGUGAAGCAGAAACAGCUGGUUGCCGAUAAGUCAACGGAUGAGUUUCUCCGUCUGGCUGAGCAAGAGCGAGAUAGAGCAGCAAAGAAGUACAUGGAGAAACUGUUCAAACAGUGCCGACCAGACGCUAACCCAGAGGAGAAUGUUGUUUCUGCGUUGACUCCCUUUGAGGUUAUCUUGCAAAAGCACAUGAAGAACUACUUGGGUGUGUACGAGAAGCAUUUGGCAAGCAUGCGUGUCCUGUGCCAGAAGCAAAUUACCCUCGUCAACAACAAGGCCGAGGAAGAUCAGAAAACGCUGAAGUCACGUGACUUGCCGCCAGCAUUAUUGGAAAGGCGUCUUGGAGAAGUCGUUGAAGAGUGUGAGCAGCAGAAAGUGCUACUGAAUCAGCAGUUGGACUCGGUUGUUGGUUUGCUGGCGACGUCGUUUGACGAGAAACUAGCUCUCAACCUGCCAGAUCCCAACACACUUCCAGUUCAGGUCACCCUGUCGGUGCCGUCACGGAACUUCCGGGCGCAAAACAUCACAAUAACUGCAAAGGAUAAGUGUGAGGAUGUGGUAGAGCGAUUGAAGCAGGCUAUGUCUGACGCUGGACAAGAUGUGGAUACCAUCGAGGAUGGGUACAGGCUGAUGCUGUUUGGGCCUUUCAAUUUGCCGGGCAGUGCUAACAGUCAAGGUGGAGUCAGCCAUGCAGCGGCCAGUUCAGCUGGUAAUGCUGGUGUUGUCAUGGCGACUGACUGCCACCUGUUAGCCAACUACUGUGUGAAACCAAACAGUGAGAUUCAGCUUUUGGGAACGGUGAAUCUGAAAAGCGAGCUACCGAAGCAGUGCUUUGCUACUACAUACAAGGUGGGUGACCUGAGCACCGUCGACUACUUCACCUGCAAGACUUGCAACUACAACUGGAUUUGCCAAACCUGCGCAGAAGUUUGUCAUGCGGGUCAUGCCGUGGAGGCCUUCAUUUACAAUCAUAUUCCGCAAUGGGCAUGUUGUUACUGCCGAAGAAAGAAGAAGUGUACUCUCUGAUCGGUGUGCAACAGCAUAGACCUCAUGCCUCACAUCACGUCGUGAAUGGUGAACCAGAUGUCUGACCAAGCUCUGCAGAAUUGUGUAAAAGCACUUGUAGUUGUAUCUCUCCAACCUCCCGCCCCCUUCAACCCGUUCAAAGUGCUGAUGAGAUGAGCAGCAUGGAGAAGUAGGAUACCUAGCAACUCCAGGUGUAGACUGCAACCUCUUCCAAGCAUUCUUUUUUGCCCUGUGUGUAGUAACUGUACUUUUUGACAUUUGGUCACCCGCUCAGUGAUGCAUUCUUUCGUAUCAAUUCAUUGUCAAAGUUCCCCUGUGCAUAUCUGUGAUAUAUCUGCUGUGUAUGCUGCCGUAAUCUUAUUCUCACCAAAGCUGCUACCAGCAAGAGACUUGUUGUGGGCAAAGUACGUUUUGUUAUAUUUUGUUUGAGAUGGUGAUUGUCAACUUUUGCAAUUGAUUUUGUUUGCAUUCAUUCAUAUCAAACGCAGCUAUAAUACGCGCGACAGGCUCCUUUUUUGUGUGUAUCCACAGCAACCCCUUCCAAGCCUGUAACGCUGUCAAGUCAAGUCAAUAUAUUUUUCGUUGUAACUGGUUCAUCCCGUGAAAAUUACCGAUGGCGGAUGGACCCGGCCUAAGGGGCCGUCCAUAAUUAUCGAUCUUUACACGA